AUGAGAAGCAGAAUAGCCAUUCAUAACAUACAUGAAGUACAAAAGGUCGGUCAACCCGGCGAAUUCGAGGAUAUCAAGGCAGUGUCGCUUGUGGAGAAGAAAGAGUCAUCGUUAUUUGAGGUUCGGCCUUGUGUGGAAACAAGCAUUGAAGAAGUUAUCGGGCCUGGCUUCUGGGGCAGCUUGGAAACAAAGGAAAUUGCGGGUCAAGGAGGUAAAAGAGAUAUUCAAGGAAAAGAUGCGCCCAGACGGAAAAGCAAAAAUACAAGUCAUUACCAUGAAAUGGCCAUCCGAAGACCAGUGUGCAGUGUCUUCAAAGGGGAGAAAGGACAGCCGGUCCUUGGUAUGCUGAUGGUGGAAUGUCUUGAUGCAACAGGUGGGGAGGGCGGGUAUAAAGGAAAAGAGGUAAAGUGA